AUGGAAUUCCCCCUUGGGUCACCGGAAACUACCAACUUCCGUCGGUUUACUCAGGAGUCACUGGUGGAGAUUGAGAAGCGAAUUGCUGCCGAUCAGGCAGCAAAGAAAGUCAGAAACAAGUACAGGGGGCGGAAGGACAGAGAAGAAAAGCCUCGGCCUGAGCUAGACUUGAAAGCCUGCAACCAGCUGCCCAAGUUCUAUGGUGAGCUCCCAGCAGAACUGAUUGGGGAGCCCCUGGAGGAUCUAGAUCCCUUCUACAGUACACACCGGACAUUUAUGGUGCUGAACAAAGGGAGGACCAUUUCCCGGUUUAGUGCCACUCGGGCCUUGUGGCUAUUCAGCCCUUUCAACCUGAUCAGAAGAACAGCCAUCAAAAUAUCUGUCCACUCAUAUCCUUUGUGGUUCAGUUUAUUUAUUACAGUCACUAUUUUGGUCAAUUGUGUAUACAUGACCCAAAAUGAUAUUCCAGAGAAAAUUGAAUACGUUGGUGCAGCGAUUGAUCUCCGAGGGAUCUCAGGCCUUCGGACGUUCAGAGUUCUAAGAGCUUUAAAAACAGUUUCUGUGAUCCCAGGGCUGAAGGUCAUUGUGGGGGCCCUGAUCCACUCGGUGAGGAAGCUGGCUGACGUGACCAUCCUCACCAUCUUCUGCCUGAGUGUCUUCGCCCUGGUGGGCUUGCAGCUGUUCAAGGGCAACCUCAAGAACAAAUGUGUCAGGAAUUCCACGGCUGUCGAUGGGGUGGCCAAUUCCUCAUCUCAUGGAAAAGAUUUGUACGUUAAUAAGCCAGGCACUUCUGAUCCCUUACUGUGCGGCAAUGGAUCUGGUGCAGGCCACUGCCCUGAUGGUUAUAUCUGCCUGAAAACUUCUGAAAACCCGGAUUUUAACUACACCAGUUUUGAUUCCUUUGCUUGGGCUUUCCUCUCACUGUUUCGUCUCAUGACACAGGAUUCCUGGGAACGCCUCUACCAGCAGACCCUGAGGGCUUCUGGGAAAAUCUACAUGGUCUUUUUCGUGCUUGUCAUUUUCCUGGGAUCCUUUUACCUGGUCAACUUGAUCUUGGCUGUGGUCACUAUGGCAUAUGAGGAGCAGAACCAGGCAACCACUGAUGAAAUUGAAGCAAAAGAGAAGAGGUUCCAAGAGGCCCUUGAGAUGCUCCGGAAGGAACAGGAGUUGCUGGCAACACUGGGGAUUGACACAGCCUCUCUCCACUCCUACAAUGAAUCACAUUUAACCUCCAAAAAUGCCAGUGAGAAAAGACUCAGAAAGAAGCCAAGAGCGUCAGAGGGCUCCACAGAUGACAACAAGUCACCCCAAUCUGAGCCUUACAACCAGCAAAGGAUGUCUUUCUUAGGUCUCUCCUCUGGAAGACGCCGGGCUAGCCAUAGCAGUGUGUUCCAUUUCCGGGCCCCUGGCCAAGACAUCUCAUUCCCUGAUGGGGUCACAGAUGAGGGAGUCUUUCCUGGAGAUCACGAAAGCCAUCAGAACUCCCUGCUGUUGGGCAGGGGUACUGGCCAGCAAGCCUCCCUCCCUCGGAGCCCACUGCUUCAACUCCCCAAGCCCAGCUCCACGCAUGCAGAAGAUGGACACCAGACGCUGCCUACUAGUGAGCUUGCCCCUGGAGCCAUCGAAGUCUCGGCAUCUGAUGCAGGCCAAAAGAAGGAUUUCUUGUCAGCAGAAUAUUUGAAUGAACCCUUCCGAGCCCAGAGGGCAAUGAGUGUUGUCAGUAUCAUGACCUCCAUCCUCGAGGAACUCGAGGAGUCCGAACGGAGAUGCCCACCCUGCUUGAUCAGCUUGGCUCAGAAGUAUCUGAUCUGGGAGUGCUGCCCCACAUGGGUGAAGCUCAAGACAGUUCUCUUUGGGCUUGUGACAGACCCCUUUGCAGAGCUCACCAUCACCUUGUGCAUCGUGGUGAACACUGUCUUCAUGGCCAUGGAGCACCAUGGCAUGAGCGCCACCUUUGAAACCAUGUUCCAGACAGGCAACAUUAUCUUUACCGUGUUUUUUACUACUGAAAUGGUCUUCAAAAUCAUCGCCUUUGACCCCUACUAUUACUUCCAGAAGAAGUGGAACAUCUUUGACUGCAUCAUUGUCACCGUAAGCUUGCUGGAGCUGACCAUGGUCAAGAAGGGAGGCCUGGCUGUGCUGCGGACCUUCCGCUUGCUGAGAGUCUUCAAACUGGCCAAGUCCUGGCCAACUUUAAACACACUCAUCAAGAUCAUCGGAAACUCAGUGGGGGCGCUGGGAAACCUCACCAUCAUCCUGGCCAUCAUUGUCUUUGUCUUCGCUCUGGUUGGCAAACAGCUCCUCGGGGAAGACUACUGCAAAAAUCGGAAAAUGAUCUCCACUCCCAAUGAUGAAUGGCCCCGCUGGCACAUGCAUGACUUCUUCCACUCUUUCCUUAUCGUCUUCCGUAUCCUCUGUGGAGAGUGGAUUGAGAACAUGUGGGCUUGCAUGGAAGUGAGCCAGAAACCCAUAUGCCUCAUCCUUUUCUUGACAGUGAUGGUGCUGGGGAACCUGGUGGUGCUCAACCUGUUCAUCGCACUGUUGCUGAACUCCUUCAGUGCCGACAACCUCACAGCCCCAGAGGACGAUGGGGAGGUGAACAACCUGCAGGUGGCCCUGGCACGGAUCCAGGUGUUUGGACGUCGCACCAAGCAGGCCCUUUGCAGCUUCUUCAGCAGGCCCUGCCCACUCCCCGGACCCAAGGCAGAGCCCCAGCUGGUGGUGAAACUCCCACUCUCCAGCUCCAAAGCCAAGAACCACAUUGCUGCUGACGCUGCUCUGGGGAGUCCUAGGGGUAUCCCGGCUCCCAGAGGCUCCAGGGAUGAACAAAGUGACUUCAUCACCAAUCCUAACUUGUGGGUCUCUGUGCCCAUUGCUGAGGGCGAGUCUGAUCUAGAUGACUUGGAGGAUGAUGGUGAGGAGGAUGCUCAGAGCUCCCUGCAGGAGGUGAUCCCCAAAGGGCAGGAAGAGCUGCAGCAAGUUGAGGGGUGUGAGGACCACCUGGCGCCCAGGAGCCCAGGCUCUGGAAUGUCCUCCGAGGACCUGGCUCCAUACCUGGGUGAGAAGUGGAAAGAUGAGGCUGCUCCUCAGGCCCCUGCAGAGGGAGCAGACGACACAAGCUCGUCGGAGGGCAGCACUGUGGACUGCCCAGAUCCCGAGGAGAUCCGGAGGAAGAUUUCUGAGCUGGCGGAUGACUUUGAAGAACCAGAUGACUGCUUCACACAAGGCUGCAUUCGCCGCUGUCCCUGCUGCAAAGUGAAUACCACUAAGUCUCCAUGGGCCAUGGGCUGGCAGGUGCGCAAGACCUGCUACCGCAUCGUGGAGCACAGCUGGUUCGAGAGCUUCAUCAUCUUCAUGAUCCUGCUCAGCAGUGGGUCUCUGGCCUUUGAAGACUGUUACCUGGAGCAGAAGCCCACAGUGAAAGCCUUGCUGGAGUACACUGACAGAGUGUUCACCUUUAUCUUUGUGUUCGAGAUGCUGCUCAAGUGGGUGGCUUAUGGGUUCAAAAAGUACUUCACCAACACCUGGUGCUGGCUCGACUUCCUCAUCGUGAAUAUCUCACUGACAAGCCUCGUAGCAAAGAUCCUGAAAUAUUCUGAUAUGGCAUCCAUCAAAGCCCUUCGGACUCUCCGUGCCCUGCGGCCGCUGCGGGCUCUGUCUCGAUUCGAAGGCAUGCGGGUGGUGGUCAAUGCCCUGGUGGGCGCCAUCCCAUCCAUCAUGAAUGUCCUCCUCGUCUGCCUCAUCUUCUGGCUCAUCUUUAGCAUCAUGGGCGUGAACUUCUUUGCAGGGAAGUUUUGGAGAUGCAUCAACACAACAAAUGACAACUUUUCUCUUGUGCCUUGGACAAUUGUGAAUAAUGAGUCUGAUUGUAAGAUUCAAAACUACACUGGCACCUUCUUCUGGGUCAACGUGAAAGUCAACUUUGAUAAUGUAGCAAUGGGUUACCUUGCACUUCUUCAGGUGGCAACCUUUAAAGGCUGGAUGGACAUCAUGUAUGCAGCUGUUGAUUCCCGUGAGGUCACUUUGCAGCCCAAAUGGGAGGACAAUGUGUACAUGUACUUGUACUUCGUCAUCUUCAUCAUUUUUGGUGGCUUCUUCACAUUGAAUCUCUUUGUUGGGGUCAUAAUUGACAACUUCAAUCAACAGAAAAAAAAGUUAGGGGGCCAAGACAUCUUCAUGACAGAGGAGCAGAAGAAGUACUACAAUGCCAUGAAGAAGCUGGGCUCCAAGAAACCUCAGAAGCCCAUCCCACGGCCCCUGAACAAAUACCAGGGCUUCAUCUUUGACAUUGUGAACAAACAAGCUUUCGACAUUGUCAUCAUGGUCCUCAUCUGCCUCAACAUGAUCACCAUGAUGGUAGAGACCGAUGAGCAGAGCGAGGAAAAGACGAAAACCCUCGGCAAAAUCAACCAGUUCUUUGUGGCCGUCUUCACUGGCGAGUGUGUCAUGAAGAUGUUCGCCUUGAGGCAUUAUUACUUCACCAAUGGCUGGAAUGUGUUUGACUUCAUCGUUGUGGUCCUCUCCAUCUUGAGCCUGGUAUUUUCUGCAAUUCUUAAGUCACUUGAAAAUUACUUCUCCCCGACGCUCUUCCGAGUCAUCCGCCUGGCCCGGAUAGGCCGCAUCCUCAGACUGAUCCGAGCAGCCAAGGGGAUCCGCACGCUGCUCUUUGCCCUCAUGAUGUCCCUGCCCGCCCUCUUCAACAUCGGGCUGCUGCUCUUCCUCGUCAUGUUCAUCUACUCCAUCUUCGGCAUGGCCAGCUUUCCCCAUGUGAGGAGGGAGGCUGGCAUCGACGACAUGUUCAACUUCCAGACCUUCGCCAACAGCAUGCUGUGCCUCUUCCAGAUCACCACAUCAGCUGGCUGGGACGGCCUCCUCAGCCCCAUCCUCAACACGGGCCCCCCCUACUGUGACCCCAAUCUACCCAACAGCAUUGGCUCCCGGGGGAACUGCGGGAGCCCAGCUGUGGGCAUCCUCUUCUUCACCACCUACAUCAUCAUCUCCUUCCUCAUCGUGGUCAACAUGUACAUUGCAGUGAUUCUGGAGAACUUCAAUGUGGCAACAGAGGAGAGCACAGAUCCCCUGAACGAGGAUGACUUUGACAUGUUCUAUGAGACUUGGGAGAAGUUUGACCCAGAGGCCACCCAGUUUAUUGCCUUUUCUGCCCUCUCGGACUUUGCAGACACUCUCUCUGGCCCCCUGCGAAUCCCAAAACCCAAUUGGAAUAUAUUAAUCCAGAUGGACCUGCCCUUGGUCCCUGGAGAUAAGAUCCACUGUUUGGACAUCCUUUUUGCCUUCACCAAGAAUGUUUUGGGAGAAUCCGGAGAAUUGGAUUCUUUGAAGACAAAUAUAGAGGAGAAGUUUAUGGCAACUAAUCUUUCAAAAUCAUCCUAUGAACCAAUAGCAACCACCCUCCGGUGGAAGCAAGAAGAUGUUUCAGCCACUGUCAUCCAAAAGGCCUAUCGGAGCUAUGUGCUGCACCGCUCCUUGACCCUCCCCAAUCACCCAGGUGUGCCCAGGGCUGAGGAGGAGGCUAUGUCACUCCAAGAUGAAGGUUUUGCUACAUUCAUGGCAAAUGAAAAUUGUGUACUCCCAGACAAAUCUGAAACUGCAUCUGCCACAUCUUUCCCACCAUCCUAUGACAGUGUCACUAGAGGCCUUAGUGAUAGAGUUAACAUGAGCACAUCUAGCUCAAUACAAAAUGAAGAUGAGGCCACCAAUAAGGAGGUGACUUCCCCUGGGCCCUAG